AUGUGUCAAGUGUUUUCAGAUCAAGAACUUCGCGAUAUGUUCCGUAGACAUGACAAAGACAUGUCCGGGUUUAUAAGCAAGGACGACGUGCUGUGCAUGCUUCUUGGAGCUGACAAGGAUGAGCAGAAAGACCCUCUCUUCAAGACUCAUUUGAAAUUCCUCAUCAAUGUGAUCAAGCAAGCCGACAAGGAUGGUGACAUGAAAAUUAGUUUUGAAGAGUUCAAGGAGUAUAUCAACAAGGCUGCUUCGUCUGCAUAA